GUGGCUGCGGUGGGGCGCCGCUUCUGGGGAGUGGCUCAUCCCUCCCCCUCCCCCCACCACGGCUCGGUGGCGGCGGCUCCUCCCACUGGGGGGAGGAGGUGGCGAGGUGGAGGUGGCAUCUAGGCCAUGGCGGCGACUGCUGCUAACCCGGAAAUGGCAUCAGAUGUACCAUCAUUGGGAUCCACUAUUGCCUCUGGAAACCCUGGGCCUGGGAUUCAAGGUGGAGGAACCAUUGUCCAGAGGGCUAUUAAAAGGCGACAAGGGCUGGAUUUUGAUGAUGAUGGAGAAGGGAACAGUAAAUUUUUGAGGUGUGAUGAUGAUCAGAUGUGUAAUGAUAAGGAGCGGUUUGCCAGGUCGGAUGAUGAACAGAGCUCUGCGGAUAAGGAGAGACUUGCCAGGGAAAAUCACAGCGAGAUUGAACGGCGGCGACGGAAUAAGAUGACAGCUUACAUCACAGAACUGUCAGACAUGGUACCCACUUGUAGUGCCUUGGCUCGAAAACCAGACAAGUUAACCAUCUUGCGCAUGGCAGUUUCUCACAUGAAGUCCUUGAGGGGAACUGGAAAUACAUCCACUGAUGGAUCCUACAAGCCAUCUUUCCUCACUGAUCAGGAACUGAAACAUCUGAUCUUGGAGGCAGCAGAUGGCUUUCUGUUUAUUGUCUCAUGUGAGACAGGUCAGGUAGUGUAUGUCUCUGAUUCAGUGACUCCUGUUUUGAACCAGCCACAAUCUGAAUGGUUUGGCAGCACACUGUAUGAUCAGGUGCAUCCAGAUGAUGUAGAUAAACUCCGCGAGCAGCUUUCCACUUCAGAAAAUGCCCUGACAGGGCGUAUCCUGGAUCUGAAGACUGGAACAGUGAAAAAGGAAGGUCAACAGUCUUCCAUGAGGAUGUGUAUGGGCUCAAGAAGAUCAUUUAUUUGUCGAAUGAGAUGUGGUAAUAGCACUGUGGAUCCAGUCACCAUGAACAGACUGAGCUUUGUGAGGAACAGAUGCAGGAAUGGACUUGGCUCUGUGAAGGAUGGAGAACCUCACUUUGUGGUGGUCCACUGCACAGGUUACAUUAAGGCCUGGCCUCCAGUGGUAAAGUUGAAAGGACAGGUGCUAUCUGUCAUGUUCCGGUUUCGUUCUAAGAAUAGAGAAUGGCUCUGGAUGAGAACUAGCUCCUUUACUUUCCAGAAUCCUUACUCAGAUGAGAUUGAGUAUAUCAUCUGUACAAAUACCAAUGUAAAAAACUCUAGCCAGGAACCACGGCCUGCACUAUCCAACACAAUUCAGAGGCCGCAGCUAGGUCCCACAGCUAAUUUACCCCUAGAGAUGGGCUCGGGGCAACUGGCACCCAGGCAGCAGCAACAGCAAACAGAACUAGACAUAGUAUCAGGAAGAGAUGGACUGGCCAGUUACAAUCAUUCCCAGGUUUCUGUCCAGUCUGUGACAGCUACGGGGCCAGAACACAGCAAGCCCCUUGAAAAGUCAGAUGGUCUGUUUACCCAAGAUAGAGAUCCAAGAUUUUCAGAAAUCUUUUCCAACAUCAAUACAGAUCAGAGUAAAGGCAUCUCUUCCAGCACUGUCCCUGCCACCCAACAGCUAUUCUCCCAGGGAAGCACAUUCCCUCCUAACCCCCGGUCGGCAGAGAAUUUCAGGAAUAGUAGUCUGGCCCCUCCUGUAACCAUUGUCCAGCCAUCAUCUUCUGCAGGACAGAUGUUGGCCCAGAUUUCUCGCCACUCCAAUCCUACCCAGGGAGCAGCCCCAGCUUGGACCCCUAGCACCCGCCCAGGCUUCUCUGCCCAGGAGAUGUUGUCCAUGCUGGGGGACCAGAGCAACAGCUACAACAAUCAAGAAUUUCCUGACCUAACUAUGUUUCCCUCCUUUUCAGAAUAGAACUAUUGGGGUGAGGAUAAGGGGUAGGGGAGAAAAAUCACAGUUUUUAAAAGCAACUCUUUUGUAAACAAAAUAAAAGUUCCUCUCCCUUCCCUU